AUGCGAUUGAAUAGUAGUUUAGUGUUUGAUUCGCCAUUUGUAGAACAUUUUAAUCAUGAACCAUGGGCAACUUCACCUAUACGCCGUGGACGCCACCCGGCUUUCUCACGAGUUCCUCGGCCCGGAAUGGACCAUAUAGCGGACACGCAACGUAGAGUGUUAGAUCACUUCCAUCGAGAAGUCGGAGGGGAUUUUGGAUUUCGAAGGCUGAAUGAAGAAAGUUCGUCUGCUAGAGGACGGAACGGUGGUUUUGAUGACUCACGUGCUCGAAUCAUUCCAAUACAAGUGAUAAGGGAACCCCGGCGAGAAUUUUGUGAAAUUCAAAGGCGACCGUCCCCCUGUCCGAGGUACAUUGAUGUGUCUGAUGAUAGUGACUGUGAUGAACCGAAGUAUAUCGGACCUAAUGAUAACAACAAUGGACUGAGAAAUUUACAGCCAGUCGGAAGAAGCCCUCCUAAACGGAUUACAAAUCAAGGUCGUGUGGACAGUCAUACGGAAAGAUCGCGUCCAGUCUCUGAUAGACUUCCACUUACAGUGCUACAGACAAACGAUUCCUUAACUAGAAACGUUCAACCUUCCGCCAGUCGUCCGAUUUCACAAUCCGGCGCUGCACGUCAACAUUCUACAUCUCAGACUGCGUCUACGAAAGCGUUAGGAGAUGGGAAUUGUUUUUUCCGGGCCCUCAGUAAGGAGGUAUACGGAUUGGAAGAAUUCCACGCGGAGGUUCGCCAGGCUGUGAUGGACGUCAUAGAAAAAUAUCCUAAAAAAUUCGAACAAUUUCUAGAUGACGAUUCAUCGAUGAAGGAACACAUCAAAGAUAUGCGACUUCUGUCGACAUGGAGUACGACGAUGGAAAUUUACGGCGCCGCAACGCUACUUCAAAGAGACAUUUACGUGCUGUCUCCUAACCAUACCGGAGAAUCGUACAGUUGGUUGCUGUUUUCACCACGUUUUGCCUACAACGGAGAGAUGAAAUACCAUCCGUGUUACAUCACGUUAUGUCAUACGAACGGUAACCAUUAUGAUCGUAUCGCCGCAACACAUCAUGAAUGUAACUGUAAUUUGAACGCUCCGAAAUUAACUGGUGCCGAAUGUUAUGUGGAUCUAACGAAUGCGGAGUUGUCGGUGUAUUAG